AAGGGGGCGGGAUUUGUGACCUGGCGCGCAAAUUCAAAGAGAGGGAACUGGAGGAAGAGGAAGCAGAGCUGGUGUGAAUUCUGGGUUGUUGUUGUUCCUGAGUCGCCGCAGGAGGAGCCAUGCAGCGUGCAACAUCUCCCGGGCCCAGUUCUAGGAGAACCCCUUCAACACCUUCACGUCGAGGCUCAGGGAGAUCUCCAGGCCGAGGCUCAGGGAGAUCUCCAGGCCGAGGCACGGGGAGAUCUUCAGGUCAAGGGGCAAGGAGAUCUCCGCGCCGAGGCCAGUCCCCUAGACAAUCUCCUCAUCGGUCUCGCCGGCAACAGCCCGCUGCGGAAGGGAGAGCCCCACGGCGUCGGCGAAGAUACCGACCUGGCCAGCUUGCCAUGAUACAGAUCCGGAAAUUUCAGAAGAGCACCAACCUGCUCAUUCCGAAGUUGCCUUUUGGCCGUGUGGUACGUGAGAUCUGCCUAGAUUUCACCCGGGGGCUUGACAUGCAUUGGCAGGCAAUGGCGUUGCUUGCGUUACAGGAGGCGGCCGAAGCUUUCCUGGUGCACCUCAUGGAGGAUGCCCACCUCUGCGCCAUCCACGCCAAGCGCGUCACCCUCUUCCCCAAAGAUAUACAGUUAGCUCGGCGGAUCCGUGGAAUCCAAGAGGGCUUGGGCUAGUUCCUUUGAUGAUGCCUCUUCGGGGACCUGGAAAGCCACGAGGAACAUCUCAUAUAAUGGCACCGACUUCUGAGGAACAUUUUCCAGACUUGGGCCUGGAAAUACCCAAGAAGCUUUGGUUCCGGUCUCUUCCUAGCGUUGGUGGAAUGGAUAGGUGCAAUUUUGCCAUUAAACACUUAAAUGUGUUUGAGGAUUUUAAAAGUUGAAAUGUUAUAUUGUCCUUGGAUUUUUCCACAAGCUGCUCUGUGUCACCAUGCAUUCCUUUCCGGUGGUCAUUACCUAAUCCAUGUCUUCCUCUUGGGAAUGCUGGUUACUUCAUUAUUUCAAGCCUUUCACUCAAAUGGAGAAAAUAGUGGGAGAGGGGAAACUCUCCGUUAUUAGAAGGGGAGAAAGCAAAGCUGCCUCGUGCUUUUUUCCCUGCUGGAAGUUACAAUCUGUUCAAAAAUCCCAAUGAGUUUGAAGUUUUAUUGGUGGUUUUUACUCUUUCAUAAACAGAAAAAAGCAUCAAUUAGGUGUCCGGAAGAGCAAGAGACUUGGAUCAUGCAAACCAUACGAGUAUAUGUCAAAUGUUGAUUUUAAAUACAGAAAGUUAAAUAAAACGGGUUUGAAUAUUUUUA